AUGGUUCAUGAAUUAUUGGGUAUAAAUUUAAAUCGUGUAGAAAUAAGGACAACAGAUAGCCAAGGAAAAACACAACAAGAAGAACUUCUUCUAUCCGAGGCACAUGAUCCUUUCUAUGCAGAACAUUGGAUGUCUAACUUUGGGGAUUUAGGUGUUGCAGUAAAACAACAUCUAGAAAACUUCCAAGAAAAAACAAAGAAUUAUAAUGAUGUAAAAACAACAGAAGAAUUAAAAAAUAUUGUUGAAUCUUUACCACAAAAUAAACAACUUGCAGCUAAUUAA